AUGUCACGAUUCUUUCCUCAUACUCCCUACGCAGAGGAUCAGCCUCUUGCACGAACAAUACUCACAACACACGUUAUCGUGCGAGCGAUAACACUAAGCUCAAUCAUCGCAACGGGCAUAACAACAACACGCCACUUGGUCCCCUUUCUCCGCCCCAAAACCACAACGUUAGCAUUCUUCCCACGCCUCAUCCGCUCUGCAUCAACAGGCGCAGUCGCAGCGGUUGGUGUAGGAGCUUUCAUGACAAUCAACCGUAUGCGCGGAAGAGAAGAAGUCGAGUGGCAGGAUCGAAGUUGGAGAUUACUCGAGAACCAAGGUCAGCUUGAGACUGAUGACUGGACUGCUAUAGGCGCUGGAGCUGGGGCUUUGAUAGGGGCCAAUGCUCUGAAGGGUUGGAGAGGUGCAGUUGGAGGACUAGGAUUGGGAAGUAUGGGGGGAGCUUUGGCGUGGAUGGCUUGGAGAUUUGGUGUGAAUGGGGGCAAGUUUCCCAAGAAGGAGGAGGAUCUGUAA